AUGACUUCUCUUUGGACCUCACUGGAAAAAGAAGUGUUCAACCCUCAGAACAAGAGGCUGCUGGAAACAGUUCGUGUUUGGAAAACAGGAAAGAAGAAGAAGAUGUCCAUUCUCUGUGUCGUAGUGGAUGCUUUUAGGCCAAUGAAGCCAUUUCUAGUGAAGGUCAAGGUAGACCGAGGAGAGCAGUACAAGAUAGACAACAGGUGGCCUCUAGCAGAGCUGAAGCUGGUAGAUGGCAAGACUCUCCAUCAGGCCAGCCUGGAUUUUGAUCUGCAGUUUGAUAAGGUUUACAAGUGGACUGCUAGCAGCUUGGAUGAGAAGAAAGCCUUUAUCAGAUGCCUGUGGAAGCUGAGCCAUCGAUUCCUCUCCAGUAGUGUCACUUUUGUGAAUGUCCCCUCCUGCACAGCAGAAGGGAGAAAAGAGCACCAAGAAGACCGUAAGGACACUGUGGAGACUGGAAGCUCAGAGGGGCUCAGUGCGUACCAGGAGAUGAGCCCAAAGGAAGCAGCUGACAUGCUGAGGCUGAUGGAGCAGUACGAGCCCAUCGUGAACAACUCGGUGGCCUUUGCAGAGCAGCUAAGCAGUGAUCUCCAUGUGCUGGAUGAGACCAAUCUUAGGGCCAUUAUCUCUUCUGAGAAUCAGGUGACCCAGCUGAUGAACACCAUUGAUGAGGCCCUGGCAGAGGUGGCCAGAGUGGAGGAUACCUUGCAGGUUUAUGAUGAGCUACUGGGAAGUGUGAAGCAGCAGAUGGACCACAUCUACCAGGAGAACUCCUUACUACAUCGCAUCACCUCCAACAAGGCAAAGCUGACAGACGAGAUCCUCUUCCUCACAACCCACCUCGAUCUCAGCAAGGAACACUGUGAGGCCCUGAGCCAAGGAGAUCUUUCCAAUCCCAGCAGAGUAAAGGCCUGCAUUGCUGCCACAGAAGCUUUAUCUGCCUGCAUGGACAUUCAGAUACAGCCUGGUUACCGGAAGCUACAGUCAGUAGCGGAGCAGCUGAUCAUGUUUGAAACACUGAAGCAGAACUUUGAAAAUAGCUUCAUCGGUCAUAUUACAAACAUCUUUGAGCUGCAGGGAAACACUCAAGUUCCAGGUCUCGUGCAGCACGCUGCCAAGCUAGUUGCACCAAACCACAGACUCCAUCAUGAGGAACUAGUGCACUACACCCCACUCAUGGCCUGGCUGAGGAAUGCCAACCCGAUCCUCUUCAGUGAUCUCCCCAAGGUUUAUGCCCAGAACCUCAGCAGACUCUAUGACAGGGAAAUCAAAACCUUUUUUGAACAAGCCAAAAGCCUCUUGCUAGGAAGAAGAAAGGCCAGUCUACAGGAGGUCUUGGACAAGCCAAUGGUGACCGGGAGCAGACAGCAAUUUCGAUUAAGCCUCCCUGAGAGCAGAGAGGGCCCGGAGGACAUACUGAACAGAGGCAAUGUCACCAAAAUUUUGGAGAAGGUGCUGAAAGAGCUGCAACCCCUUUGCACUGCAGAACAGGAGUUCGUUGAGGAAUUCUUCCUACUAAACCAGGAUGCUGCAGACUUGGAGGUGCUGAAGGCAUCUGCCACUAAGGGGGAAGAAAGCAUGGCAUCUCCUGAGGACCCUCCUUACACCAAGCCUCGGAGCCUACUAGAUGAGCCUGCAACCCGACUGCUAAGUGAGAUCCUCAGUUCCCUGGAACCAGAGCUGAGAAGCUUUCUAGAUGUUUGCAAUAAAGUCCACCCAUUCAGCUGCUUGCAGAUCUUGGUUACCUUGAAUGACUCCAUCUUUGAGAUGUGGGGCUCUUCUUCAUCUCUUCCCUCAUCCUUCCUCAACACCGUCCUGGGCAACAUGCUACUGCUGGCCAAAAGCAGCUUCAACAAAUGCAUUGGAACCUUGUGCAAAGAGAUCAAGGAGGUGAAAGUGAGCAGCAAGGUGAGAGGCGGGAUCCUGCCUUUCGUGAUCCGCUUUGAAGAGUUUGUGAAUUUCUCAGAGGAGGUGUUCAGGUCAGCUCAGCGGAGAGGCGAGCUGGACAAAGCGCUCGUCAGAGUGGCUGGCAGCGUCUUCAGCAGCAUCAAUAGUCUGUCCUCUGCAAACCUCAAGGCCAAUACAGAUAUGAUCAUGAUGGAAAAUUUCCACCACAUUCACUGCUUCCUGUGCCAAAAGAAGAUAGGCUGCUUGGAGGGCAAAAAAAAAGAAGCCAAACAAAGAUAUAGUCAGCACCUGGAGAAAUAUGUCAUCAAAUACCUGGGCCAGCCUCUGGAGAAACUCAAU